AAAAGUAGCUAAAAAUAAUCCUCGACUAGACGACUACAUUAUCCUAUUCCUAUCCAUCAACCCUCACUUCAUCACUCUUCCAAUCCCAAAAAUGGCUUCCCUCCUCUCCCUCUCAUCUGCUCCUCCUUCCACUGCAUGUUCCUCUCUUCCUAACCCAUCAACAUCAUCCAAUUUCAAAGGAAAUAUCAACAAUCUUAGAAGAAAACCAUUUAAUUUAACCCCAUUAAAACUCAAUUUGAGGAGCAUCAUCAAAGAAAACAGACCUCUUGUUAUUGUAGCUUCUUCAACAUUGGGUCCUAGUAAUGGGUCGGGUCAAGAGACCCGGUUUAGGCUAGAUAACCUCGGGCCGCAACCGGGUUCGAGGAAGAAGGGGAAGAGAAAGGGACGUGGUCAUGCUGCUGGUCAAGGUGGGAGUUGUGGGUUCGGAAUGAGAGGUCAGAAAUCAAGGUCAGGUCCUGGUGUUAUGAAGGGUUUUGAAGGUGGUCAGAUGCCACUUUAUCGAAGAAUUCCUAAAUUGCGUGGUAUUGCUGGAGGAAUGCGUGCUGGGUUGCCAAAGUAUGUGCCUGUAAACUUGAGAGACAUAGAAGUUGCUGGAUUUAAGGAAGGUGAAGAAGUGUCAUUAGAAUCCUUGAAGGCAAAGGGAAUAAUCAAUCCAUCAGGCAGAGAAAGAAGGUUGCCAUUAAAGAUUCUUGCUGAAGGAGAGAUAAGUACAAAGCUGCAAAUAAAGGCACGUGCUUUCUCAGAAUCAGCAAAAGAAAAGCUUGAGGCUGCCGGAUGCUCUGUCACAGUACUUCCUGGGAGAAAGAAGUAUAUCAAAGAAUCAGUUAGGAAGAACCUUGCUCGUGCUGAUGAAUACUUUGCAAAGAAACGAGCUGCAGCCACCAACGAAACCGAGUCUGCUUGAACCUGAUGUCAGUUAUGUUACUCUAGAUUAUUAAGAUCAUCAAAGGUGUAUGUAAAGUGUAUCAAUUCAUUUUGUUCUUAAUGGUUUUUUGGUAGGGCAAUCUUUUUGUCUCAGGAAUUCAAGUUUAUCGAUCCUUAUUACAUAUUUUGCUCA